CUCCCCGCUCGCUCCUCCCAUGUGUUGUGGGGCUGGAGGCAGCUCUGACCCCUCCCAGGGAGGGAGCUGGGCAGAGGCAGCCGAGUUCUUUCAGCAGAGCCUGAUCAAGGACCUCAUCCUGCCAAACCCCAUCCCUCCUGCUCCCAGCAACCGGGAUCUCGCCGGGCGGCUUCGCUGAACCCCUGCGGGCACUGUCCUGUCCAGCUCGACCCAGCAAGGGACAGAGAUGGUGGCCACCUGCCUGCACCUGGCUGGAUUUGUCUGCAGUUUUAUAGGGUGGAUCGGGGUGGUUGUGGCGACAGCCACCAACGACUGGGUGGUGACCUGCGGCUACACCAUCACCACCUGCAGGAAGAUGGAUGAGCUGGGAUCCAAGGGGCUGUGGGCAGACUGUGUCAUGGCAACAGGUCUCUAUCACUGCAAGCCCCUCGUGGACAUCCUCAUACUGCCAGGGUAUGUCCAAGCAUGUCGAGCACUGAUGAUCGCCGCCUCCGUCCUGGGCCUUCCUGCCAUAUUCCUGCUGAUAACGGUCCUGCCCUGCAUCCGGAUGGGCCACGAGCCUGGAGCAGCCAAGUACCGGCGGUCCCAGCUGGGAGGGAUCCUCAUCAUCCUCCUGGCCAUGUGCGGUGUCGUCGCGACGAUCUGGUUCCCGGUGUGCGCCCACCGCGAGACCACCAUCAUGAGCUUCGGCUACUCCCUGUACACGGGCUGGAUCGGCUCUGCCCUCUGCCUCUUCGGUGGCUGUGUCAUCGUCUGCUGCUCGGGAGAUGCCCAGACGUUCGGUGAGAACCGCUUCUACUACGGCUCGGGGUCCAGCUCCCCCACCCACGCCAAGAGCGCGCACGUGUAACCGCCCCGGGGACGCCCCACGGCUGCCGUCGGAUGCUUUGGCUGGUCUCGGCUCUGGCACAGUUGGGGAGAGAGGAUAGGGAGGAAGGCUGUCCUCUCCCACCGGGCGAAUGUUUCUCUUUUGGAACAAGAGGAGGGGACUUUUCUGCCUUUCUCUGUAAAUACUUUUGUAUCAGUUUCAUCAUUUUAGUAACAGUAUUUCCCCCACCCCCACAGUCAUCAGUAUGAAGGAAACCGAACCCAAAGGUCCUAAUGACGCGGUAGAUAACAGUGCCUUUUCAAAUAGUUAUAAAUGACUUUGGGGGCUCUUAUCCCCACCCUCUGGUUUAGUUUCUUAUCUUUCUUUUGUACAGACCAGUUACUAAAAAUGUAUUUUUACAUUUUUUUAAACUCCUCGCUUUCCUCCUCUAAGUUUGUGUUCUGUAUUGCCUCGUUAAAGCACCACAUUUUAACAUGCAGUAUAAUGUACCUGUUACAAUACAAUUCUGGUGAGUACUGAUGAUGCCUUUGUACUUUCAGUGAAAUACUGUACAAUAAAUAACAGAGUACCUGCAA